CCCGGAAGUGAACCCACAGCGUGUUGAAAAUUCACAUGGAAGCUAACAGUUCAUGAUAGUAGACGUUUGGACGAAGUUUGAGACGUUCACUCACAGCCGUGGAAAAUGAAAAAAAUGUCUGCUGCCAAAGUGAAGAUAAAGGAGAGGAAGAUGAGGAACCAGCCCUCCAGUGUUCAGUAUCCGUCAAGGGAGAACAACCCACGAAACGGAGGAGACACACCGGUCACUGGUGGGAGUGGUAGCAAUGCUCCAUCUGAUAUUCAGCAGACUACAGAGAGGCAGACGAAACCUCAGCAGCGUGGUGGAUGGGUACGUGGACACCAGAAAGAUCGAGGAAGCUAUGCCAAAGAAAUACCAAAGCAUAUUUCAGGUGGUGGUUUUGCCAUGGCCAGGGCGGCAGAGGUGAGAGCCAUGUUAAAAGCUGUCAACAAAACAACAGCCAGCUGCCAUGUGUUUGAAGCCCUGCCCAAACACAUGAGGAGAAGGGCCAUGAGCCACAACAUCAAGCGUCUCCCUCGUCGACUAAGAGACACAGCUAACAGAUUGCGUGAGAAGAGCCUCCAGGCUGGCUCAAAGAAGAAGGAACAGACAAAGGCAAAGGGCAAGAGCCGCAAGGCCCGACGACGGCAUGGAAACCUACUGCUUGAGUUCAACCGGCGUCAGAGAAAAAACGUAUGGCUAGAGACGCACAUUUGGCAUGCCAAGCGCUUCCACAUGGUUAAAAAGUGGGGUUACUGUCUCGGGGACAGACCUACAUGUAAAUGUUAUCGCCCCUGCUACAGAGCCAUGAGCACCCACUGUUUGCUGCAGGACCUUUCUUACUACUGCUGCAUAGAACUGCAGGGAGAGGAGGACAAGCUGCUGGCUGCUCUGUCACAACUAACCAGCAAGCAAGCUGGUCCUACGUUUGCUGCAGCUCUGUGUCUAUCAGGGCAAAGACAGGGCAGUGUGGUGGUCUACAGAGCGGGACAGUACCCCUCGCAGGUCCUGGGCCCUGUCACCUUUAUCUGGAAACCUUGUACACAUGGAUCAACUCACAGACAGCUGUGGAUUUGGGCUCAUCCCUCUAUUAAACAGGAUCUUCUCCCUGAAUUGCAGAGUGUAUGCCAGUGUUGUGAGGCUGUAGUCCCUCCAGUUGUGCCUGUGGUUACACCUGCAGAGGUUACACCCACCAAAGAACCUGAACUUAAACCUGAAAAAGCCCCUAAGCCCGCACAGAGUCACACCAAGAGGAAGCGCAGCUGUAAGGAUGCCUGUGAACCUCCCGCCAAGAAGAUUUUAGGAGACGGAACCAGAUCUCCCAGUACACCAGUCACAUGGAGAUCCAGCUCAACGGGAAUAGUCAUAAACGAUCUCACAAUGGAUAUAGUUCGCUAUCGCCUCAUUGGACCACAGUCCCACACUGUUCUUGCUGAAACUUUGGAAGCUGCUACAGACUGUAAUGCUUUGGAUAAAUCCCAGCCAUCCCCCCUUUGGUGGCCUGGGCACUGUAAAGACGAGAGCAAGAUGAAUCUGCAUAAACAACAAGCUGAUAUCUUUAAUAUCCUGAAAGACAUCUAUUCCACCGGGGAGCUCCCUGCAGGCACAGUGCUGGGUCUGGCUGUAGAUGAUCCCAGGCUGACUUUACCAUCAAAGAAGGUUAAAGCUUUGCCAUGUGUAAAGCAGACGGAAGAGGUGGAUGAGGAGAAGAGGAGGGAGCUGAUGCUGCGUGGAGUACCCAAAAACUGCUGUCGGAGUUUCCUUUGGGAACAGUCUGUACGGGACAAUGUUACGGAUAACAAGAUAUCCGAGCAGGAGUUGAACCGUAUGAGAAGUGAGGUGCUGGUGCCAGGUUCCAGGCUGAGCCCCACUCCACUACAAGGCCGAGUCCCUGUCCUGCUGGUCCACCAACCUGGUAAGCAGGUGGGACAUGAAAUGAGCUCCUGGGGUGCUGGAUGGGACCUGCUGCUUCCUAAAGGCUGGGGAAUGGCCUUCUGGGUCCCGCUGGUUUACAGGGGAGUCCGUGUUGGUGGGCUGAAUAUGAGUCUGAAACACUCUCAGAAUAAAGGAACCCCCCACUUUCCCCAUGAUUACCCAGACUGUCCAGCAGGUGUUCGUUUUCAGGAGGAGCAGGAGACCGAGCUCCUGGACAAGUUCAAGAGGCGUCCACCCGCCAAGAGGACCAAUUACGUGAAACAUGGCUGUCUGGCUCCAUUCUGUUGCCCAUGGCAACAGCUGGCUGAGGAAUGGGAGCUCAUCACAAGGGAGGAAAGAGAGGAGAGAAAAAGCGAAAGCCAGACCGAAACCACAACACACACUGACACAGUUAUGGAGCAAGAAAUGACAUCACAGCCAAAUAUCGGUGAAACAAAACCCCAAAGCUUCUUCACUGUACUGAGGAACAGAAAAUCUCUGAAACUACUGUCUGGGUGGUGUAGGCCCACAACAUCUAAAGGUCAGCGAUUCUGCCGCAUCGGGCAAGUGCCUCUUCUCGACUCGUCAGCUGUGAGAUUGUUUCUCACCGAGCAUAGGAUGAGUGUGGUGUGGGUGCGUUUGUCUCUGCUAUCAAAGGGGAAACCAGAGCUUCAUGCCAUGGUGUGUGUGCCACUCACAGAGGACCUGAAACUGCUGAGUAACAAGUCUGACUGCAGUGGCCCCCAGGAGCCCCUGCACAAAAACCACUUCAAAACUAGAGCUAAGCACAAGAAAAAGGGCUCUAACAAAACUGCUGCUGCAUCCUCUUUGUCCCCUGAGAAGACUGAGGCGAAAGGGUCAGUGGAACCAAACCUCCCCAUAGUGGCCAAAGACCCCAAAUCAUCCUCCGAGUCUUCCACAGAUCUCAUCUUUGGGCUGUGGCCAGACCCUCUGCCGAGCGUCACCUCUCACUGCUCCAGAGUGACUCUAGGCUGGGUCACACAGGGAGACUUCUCCUUGUCUGCUGGGUGUGGGGAGGCUCUGGGCUUUGUCAGCGUUGCUGGUCUCCUUAACACCAUCCUCAGUCAACCAACUGAAUACAGAGGAAUGGUGCUGCUGCGCAACCCCACCUCCCUGCAUUACCGCCUUGCAAAAAUCAACAUUGAGGUCUGAUUGAAGCAUCCGAUUCCCUUUUGUACUUGACACGUACUUUACAGAAAGAGCUAGAUUCUGUAUUAAUGGCGAGUGUUAUAUGCAAUUAAUUUGCCAUUUCCUUCGUUAACAGAAUCCCUGUGCCUUGUAAUUUCAUUCUUGUACCGUGCCAUCGUCUUCUCUACAGUGUUAGCAGCAGACUUGAUGACAUGCCUGAGGAAUGGCUACCAGGUGUCAGUGUUAUUUUUAGUUAUGUAUUUUAGUUGUAUAUUUAACUGACAAGAGACAUCGUCACUGUUCCAUUUGAUUUGCUAUUUGUGGAUACUUGUUUUCACACUCAUUCCUCUGACAGAUUCCACAUAGGAUUCAAUUGGUUUCAGAGAGACAGACUUGUUUUCAAGAAGGAAUUAAUUUAUGGCUUCUUGUGCUUCCUUUAAUAUCCAGGCUUAAUGACGCUGAAAGUAUUUAUCUUGAUGGUGUUCUAUUUUUUUAAGUCAUUUAAUGGGUUUCAUUUCAGAGCUGGCUGUCAGUUCAACAAGGUGCAGGAUUACUAAUUUUUUUUUUUGUUUGAACAUAAGCAAAUAAAACACUGCACUUGAAAGAA